GUUCUGACAGGUAACAAGCAGCCACAAUGAUCUGUCAGAUUCUGCUCCUGGGAUUCUCCCUGCUGACUGCCAUUCCUGGGGGGACAGCAAAGCCGCAGUAUGCUCUUUCUACUCCAGUUCUGCUGAAGAGUGAUGAAAAUGCCACUGUGUGCGUUAACUUUGUCCGUCUCAAUGAAAGUCUACAUGUUUUUGCAACGGUUGAGGUCUUUACGGAGAAUUACACCAUCUUUGAUGAAGAAAUCCCAGCUGCGGAUCUCAUGAAGUGCAAUGAGUUUAAGGUACCCAAAAUAAAGUCGGCUGCUCCAGUCUUCCUUACUUUUUUGGCUACUGGUUCAACCCUACGAUUUUAUGAACGUAGGAGCCUAGUGAUUGAUCCGUUGGGCAAUGUCUACAAAGUUCAGACUGACAAGCCAUUGUACAAACCUAGUGAUACAGUGCGGGUCCGGCUGAUCUCGCUGAAUCAGAAGCUGGAGCCAGUGGAGGAGAAAUACUCUGCAGUCUAUGCUGUGGAUCCAUCUGGGAAUCGGAUGUUCCAGUGGCUGAAUCUGGAGUCCGACCACGGCAUUGUGUCGCUGGAGUUUACUCUGCUUUCUGACGCAAGUCUAGGAAAUUACAGAAUUGAAGCUCUGAGAGAAUCGGGUGACAAGAUUUCCCAAGAGGUUCCGGUUGAAGAAUAUGUGCCACCAAAAUAUAGUGUGUCUAUAGAUGCUCCAUCAACUGUUACUGUUCUUGACAAGGCUCUCUCCAUUAAUACCACUGCAAAAUACACCUAUGAACAGGGAGUUCCAGGGACGAUCACUGGAAAGUUGUGUAGACGAUACUCCUCAUAUUAUCCAGGAAAUGCUUGCAACCGGAACCCAGAGGGGCUCUGCCAGUCCAUCACAGGCAAAACUGAUUCAGAUGGGACAUUUGGUACCAUCAUUGAUCUCACCAACUACCAGCUUGAUCGCUCAGGACUCGAUAUGUCAUUUACUCUUCAGAUGACCGUGUCUGAGGAGGGCACAGGGGUCCAGAUAACUGAAACAAAGUAUAUCUCCAUCACCAACCUGAUAUCGAGGGUCUCUUUUGAUCGGCAGGCUAUGAGUCAGUAUUACAAACGUGGCUUGGCUUUUCUUGUACGGAUUAAUGUGGUAAAUGCAUCUGGACAGCCACUGGGUGGUGAAAACAUAGAGCUUCAACUGAAUGGGGUGCCUAUCCAAAACCUGACCACCGGAACAGAUGGUAGUGCAGAGUAUUUGAUCGAUACCUCUGACAUUCUUCAAACUGAAAUUCAAAUUCAGGCUUUAUACAAGAACACCGAGCAGUGCUACGACUCCAACUUUUUAACACCAACCUAUUCCAAUGAUUUCUUUUCUGCCACACGGUUUUACUCUCGGUCUGGAAGCUUUAUACAGGUGCACGGCCCACGUGAGGAGCUACUCUGUGGACAGAGCUAUGACCUCAAGGUGCAAUAUGUACUCAGUGCAGAAGGUGUAGAAGGUGAUGCCCGACCUUCUGUGUUUUAUCAGGUCUUGUCAAAAGCAAAGAUUGUUCAACAUGGUCAACAUAGUCUACCUUCAAGUAGCGCACUGAAAGGUGAACUAACCUUCAGUAUCGACGUGUCUUCAGAUCUGGCCCCGGGGGCAGAUGUCAUUGUGUACAUGAUUCUACUGGGGGAAGUCAUUGCAGACUCUGUCAAGCUGAAUGUGGAGAAGUGUUUCAAGCACCAGGUAUCCAUGAAUUUUUCUGCUGAAAAAGGAAUUCCUGGAUCUACUGUAGACCUCAAAGUAUCAGCAGCUCCCAGUUCCCUGUGUGGGCUUCGGGUCAUUGAUUCCAGCCUCCUUCUGCUGAAUCCAUACCAGGCUAUUACUGCUGAAACUGUGUAUAACUCCUUGAGAUACAACAGCUUAAAUGGAUACUAUGUGUCAGGUUAUAAUGUGGCCCCACCUGCCCUUCCCUGCAUCGACUCGAGCAAUCAAAUAAUUAUUGAGGGCAUAUAUUACGAGCCUGUAAGCUCUCCGAACGAAAGAGACUCUUUUGAAGUGUUCCGUGACAUCGGUUUGGUAUUUGCAACCAACACCACAGUGCAUAAACCAGAGGUGUGUGGCAGAUACAACAGCCGUCCCUACAGUUUUCCUGAGCUGACCCUUGCAACAACGUCUCUUGCAAGGGAGGUUGUAGAAUUCUCAGAUGUGUCUAUAGGUGGGUCUUCAGCAGAGUCUGUCAUCACUGUGCGUAAUACGUUCCCUGACAUCUGGAAUUUUGACAUCACACCUGUUGGUGAGACGGGCACCACAUCUAUAACAGAGACUGUACCGGGAACCAUUACCCAGUGGCAGUUCACUGGGUUUUGUGUUUCAAAGGACGAAGGUUUUGGGAUAAACAAACAGCCAUCCACCUUCAACUCUAUACUGCCGUUCUUCGUGGACCUGUCUUUGCCAUAUUCCUUUGUCAGGACGGAGACUCUGGUCCUUAAAGCUGUUGUAGUCAGCUACUUGGAACAAUGUACCAAGGUUGGCAUUGAGCUGGGAGCUUCUGAAGCGUUCACUGCAACAUUGAAAGAUGGAGGGCAAGAUAUCUGCAUCUGCCCCAAUGAAAGAGCCUCAUAUUCCUGGGAUUUGAAUGCACAUGCCAUAGGUGUGGUAUCUGUUAAUGUGACCGCUUGGACCUCUUACUUUGGCGCUACAUGCAAUGAGUCGGCCAGUGACACCAGUCAGCCAUUUCGCAAGGACACUGUGAUGCACACGGUUAUUGUGGAGGCAGAGGGCAUAGAAGAUGAAAUAACCUACAGCAACUUUGUCAGCCUGGAAGGGAACAGCGUGCAGAUUCCCAUCAGCAUCAAGCUUCCAGCCAAUGUCGUUGAAGGUUCUGCGAAGUCCUCUUUGGCUAUCGUUGGUGACUUAUUUGGCGUUUCUGUAACAAACCUACAAUCCUUGAUCCGGUUGCCCACUGGGUGUGGUGAGCAGAACCUGGCUACGCUGAUACCACUACCCUUCAUAGUGAGAUAUUUAAACUGCACUGGCAAUCUGACUCCAGACAUUCAAGCUCAAGCCAUUAGCUACAUGGAAACUGGAUACCGGAGGCAGCUUGGCUACAUUCGUUCUGAUGGCUCCUCUAGUGUUUUUGGUGGAUGGAACUCUCCAAGCAGUACAUGGUUGGAUGCACAAAUGUUUUGGACUUUUGAGAAUCUUAAACAGUUUGUUUUUGUUGAUGAAGCUGUUCAGAAUCGAAUUCUGUUAGUCCUUGAGAGAACCAUUGAUGUCCAGACUGGCUGCUUCAAGCCAUCUGGAAUGCUCUUUAACAGUGCACUAAAGGGAGGUGCUGAAGACUAUGUCAGUUUCACAGCGUACGUUGUUGCUACACUAUUACAGUCAAACUACCCAGGAGGGCAAACUCUACUGCGCGGAGCCCUGAAAUGCCUUGAAGAUGCUUCCAGAACAGAACAGAGUCUUUAUAACCGGGCAGUUAUGUACUACGCUUUCAAAGUCGCUGGGAACGAGGAGCGUCACCAAGCUCUCCUUCAACAGCUGCAGGCAGAGGCCAUUGAAGAGGAUGGAUCCAUUCACUGGGAGCGUCUUGAUAAACCAAAGGCCAAGAAUACCCCUUUCUUCUACGUACAGUCUCCAUCUGCUGAGGUGGAGAUUACUGCAUACAUCCUGUUGGGAAUGGCAUAUGGCAGCAAUCACUCCCAGGAACAGAAGGUCUACAUGGCCCAGAUUGUACAGUGGCUUGCCAAACAACAAAACUCACUUGGAGGAUACAGCUCUACAGCCGACACUGUAGUGGCUGUGCAGGCCCUCGCUGCUUUUGGUUGCCUGUUUCCUACACACAAUACAACACAGCAGGUGCAAUUGUCUUCAGACAAUGGGGUUAUUGCUACGUUCAACAUUGACCAGACAAACCGGCUUCUGGUCCAGAAACAGCCUCUGGAUAACAAGACUCAAAACUACAGCCUUGACGUUCAGGGGACAGGCAGCUGUCUAAUACAGGUCACCACAAAAUACAACACCCCCAUAUCUGAAGAAAACUCUGCCUUCUCGCUGUUUGUAAAUACCUCCUCGGAAAGCUGUGAUAAUGGCGUGGCGUAUACCUACACGAUCGACCUGGCUGUCAGUUAUCAAGGCAGCAAGAAUCAAUCAAACAUGGCAAUUGUAGACGUUAAAAUGCCAUCUGGAUACACAACCGAGUAUUCGUCGAUCGUUCAGCUGAGGAAUAUGGUUUCUAAAGUAGAACAAAAAAAUAAUCACGUGAUUGUGUAUCUGGAAUCUGUAACCAAUGUCCCUAGACACUUCUCUUUCAAAGUCGAGAUAACCAACUUUGUGCAGAAUCUCCAGCCACAGUAUGUCUCCGCAUACGACUACUAUGAGAAAGGUGAGAAUGGCAUAGCUGUACUCAAUCACCCCUGUGCUGCCUAAAAUUGGAGGAAUGUUGGAACCUGGAUCCUGUUUUAUCGUGUAAACGUAUCCCCCUCAAUACACGGAGACUGUCCACAUUAUUGGCUAUAGAGCUGGACCGAUGAUGCUUCCAGUAAACGAUAUCUUCCUUCCAACUGUUAUUGAUCUAUA